AAAUUAUGUACUUCCGAAAUUGUUUUUAUUUCAGGCUUCUCUUCUCACUUCUUCUCAAGUGACAAUGCAUCUGCCGAAAUGUCUGCUUUCAAUCACAGUUAUAUAUCUUGAAUAUAUUCUGCAUUCCAGCUGCGGGAAGAUCUUUACACUGUACGAGGGCUUGCAUACUUGGGAUAAGACACGUGCAAUGUGCGAAAGUCAAGGACAACAAAUGCUCCGAUUUAAGACGGCCAGAGAACUCGAUAUUUUCAAUUUGUUUUUGGAACAAUGGACAAGUGAAACAGUUUUGACGUCUGACCUCUGGAUGGGUCUCUUUGACCUGACGCCGAAUACCGGUACUGCCUUUGUGUUCAGAUGGACAGACUGUACUUCACUCGGAGCAUUUUCAAAAUGGCUGGAUAUUGAACCUAACAAUAAGGGGUUGGAAAACUGCGUUUGUUAUACACUGGCUCAGUGGUACAGGACCAAGGAAUGUAAUAAACUGUAUGCAGCAGUAUGCGAAAAUGAAACUGGGUGCUGGUUUACUGAAGGAGAAGGCCAAGAGGUGUUGGGUUUAAACGAAUCUCCAACGACAAACUAUACUGUUAGGGCGUGCAAGAAGUCCUGUCUGGAGAGGAACAGUGAAGAUAGCCCCUGUGUUGCUAUUCGACACGAUGGCUCUUUCUGUCGAACGUAUACCGGAAGUUACCGUCACUUAACCGUUUCUACACCUCAGCUGCCGAUGAAUUCUCAGUCGACUGUCUAUCUAAAACGAUGUUAUGAAGCAAAAAUAGCAGACACUACUCCAAGUGUCCCCCAAAACAAGUACUACAACAAAGUUACCUGUGAUCAAACCACUGCCACGUCUCAACAUGGGUCAACAACUACACAACUGACGACGACAUCACAUGGGAUGACGUCAACGUCAGAUGGAAUGACGACUACACCAGAUGGAUUGACGACUACACCAGAUCGAUUGACGACUACACCAGAUGGACUGACGACUACACCAGAUGGAUUGACGACUACACCAGAUGGAUUGACGACUACACCAGACGGAUUGACGACUACACCAGAUGGAAUGACGACUACACCAGAUGGAAUGACGACUACAUCAGAUGGAAUGACGACUACACCAGAUGGAAUAACGACUACACCAGAUGGAUUGACGACUACACCAGAUGGAAUGACGACUACACCAGAUGGAUUGACGACUACACCAGAUGGAUUGACGACUACACCAGAUGGAAUGACGACUACACCAGAUGGAAUGACGACUACACCAGAUGGAUUGACGACUACACCAGAUGGAAUGACGACUACACCAGAUGGAUUGACGACAACACCAGAUGGAAUGACGUCAACACCAGAUGGAAUGACGACUACACCAGAUGGAUUGACGACUACACCAGAUGGAAUGACGACUACACCAGAUAGUUUGACGACGACAUCACAUGGAACGACGACAACACCAGAAGCAACAACGACAGACGUGUACAUAGCGUCAUCAAUGACAGACAACACGACAUCGCAAUCAGAUGGGGUGACGUCCGCGUUAACCACGACAUACCCAUGUGGAUCAACGUCAGCAUCAGGCUUCAUUUACAGUUCGACCAAUGCCAACAAUUGUGUUUGCGUUUCGUCAGCCACGCCUUCAGAGUUUGAAAUGGCACAACUUAUAAAAGCAUUGAUUUUGGAAAAACACACCCUCUCAUCCUUCAGACGCAAGAAAACAUCGGCAAAGGACGAUCGCCCAUCUGCUAAAUCCAUCGGGUCGAUGGGAAUCGUACUUACUGUACUUCCGUUUGUCGUAGUGGUCCUUCUUGACUGUGGAAGAGUCAUUGCAUAUCUUAAGGGACGAAAGAGAAUUUGGCCUCUUACCAAGAUUUGAUGACAAAACCAGUUCAAACAUGCAACCGGGAUAAGGUCAUGGAUAUGCUCUAUGUCGAUCUAAUCGAUGCUAGGUAGCAUACACAACUGGAACUGUUUGCAAAACAAGAGUAAGGAACAGACUGAUUAUCUGAUGAUGAGGACCUCGGAUUUGUAGACACAAUAUUUCAAUCAAUGCUUCAAAACUUAAAUCCCAGGCCAACAACAGAUUGUACAUUGUUCGGCCCCUAAUACUAGAACAUGUUGUAUUGUCAAAUGGCCAACGAAUCAGUGGCAGACCAAACUUCAUCCCCGUCCUUAGCAUUUAGCCAAUGACAGGUCAGUUUUAUUUCGAAAAUCAGAUAAAGGGAAUACGAAGGUCUUCCUUCUGUUUUCUUAAGGCUUAUAAAGCACAACUCAAUUGUCAUUCACACCGAAAAACGUUCUAUUUAUUUAUAUCAUUAUCCGUUUUUUGUGUGUGUUCAGUACCAGUCUGCAGGAUGAUAUGCACACCUGGUCAAAUGUUAAGCACUUUUUGUCUUACAUUACCAAAUAAGAUAGCAGAGAAUUUUAUCCUGUAUAUUUAUUUAUUUUUGAUUAAGUUCAGAUACCCUUAUUUUAACAUAACAACCAUAAGCGAUUAUCUAAUAAUUGUGUUAUAUUAUCUGAAUGGCCCUGGACAAAAUUUCGAUUAAGUCAUCAAAGACCAUAUUCCAUUCUAGAAAUUGCAUGGUAUACAUUCAGAGGAAUUUACGACGUAUGACGAAUCGCUUGUCAAUAUGCUAUGACCUUUGCACCUGCUUCCCCACUUGCACUUACCUUCUUGUAAAAAUUGUUUGAUUGUCACGUAAAAGGAUAUGCUAACCAUUUUAGCGAAUGUUGGUAUUAGAGGUAUCAAAUGGCCCAUUCAUAUCAUCUUUAUCAUUAUGUAGCCUUCUAUGCCCAUAAAAUCUGAUUCGACAGAUAAUCGGGAUUGAUUAUUCUCUGUCGUUGAAGUUUUGAUUACUUGAACAACUAUGUACAAUUAAGAGUCAUUGAAUAGCAUAUAAGCAUAUCAUUUUGUCCAAAGAAGGAUAUGUAGUAUUGGCCUUAAGAUAUGACCUAUUCAAAUGUACUUGAACAGAUAGCAAGACCGAGGCUUGCUUCAAUGAUGAGGUUAUAACAUACACGUUCAAAGCUUUUUACCUUCAGUAUCAUGUCUGGAGGUACUGUGUGUUGUUACUUUAUUGCCAACAUAGUAUUAUGGCCUUAUAUUGUUAUAUGCAUAUAUAUAGAGAGAGAUGUUGCUUUUAUGCGAUUGAUGUUCACUGUCAUUUUAGAAAUGUUUUCGAAAUCCAAUGUACAUUGUGCUGUGUGUGUUGUUACUUUAUUGCCAACAUAGUAUUAUGGCCUUAUAUUGUAUAUAUAGAAAAUCUUGAGAGAUGUUGCUUUUAUGCGACUGAUGUUUACUGUCAUUUAAGAAAUAUUUUGGAAAUGAAUACAUGAAAUUUGAAUAAUGUUCAGUGUUGUUUUCUUCUACAUUUUCUAGUUAAAGCAAAUUGCAACACAUGCUGUCUAGACUUCAUUCCCUUAGAAACGAAUGUACAAUCAUUUCUAAUUAUUAAUACAGAUGUUGAAGCUUGUCGUUUGCCUUUGAAAUUUAAAUAAUGAUCAAUAUUGUUUUCUUCUGCAUUUUCUAGUUAAUGCAAAUUGCAACACGUGCUGUUUAGGCUUUAUUCCCUUGGAAACGAAUGUACAUAAAUUUCUAAUUAUUAAUACAGAUGUUGAAGCUUGUCGUUUGCCUUUGAAAUUUGAAUAAUGACCAAUGUUGUUUUCUUCUGCAUUCCUUGUAUAAGCAAAUUGCAACACAUGCUGUCUAGACUUCAUUCCCUUAGAAACGAAUGUACAUAAAUUUAUAAUUAUUGAGACAGAUGUUGAAGCUUGUCGUUUGCCUUUGAAAUUUGAAUAAUGACCAAUGUUGUUUUCUUCUGCAUUCCUUGCAUAAGCAAAUUGCAACACAUGCUGUCUAGACUUCAUUCCCUUAGAAACGAAUGUACAUAAAUUUAUAAUUAUUGAGACAGAUGUUGAAGCUUGUCGUUUGCCUUUGAAAUUUGAAUAAUGACCAAUAUUGUUUUCUUCUGCAUUUUCUAGUUAAUGCAAAUUGCAACACGUGCUGUUUAGGCUUUAUUCCCUUGGAAACGAAUGUACCUAAUUUCUAAUUAUUAAUACAGAUGUUGAAGCUUGUCGCUUGCCUUUGAAAUUUAAAUAAUGACCAAUGUUGUUUUCUUCUGUAUUUUCUAGUUAAAGCAAAUUGCAACACGUGCUGUUUAGACUUUAUUCCCUCAGAAACGAAUGUACAUAAUUUCU